AUGCAUCUUAUCGAGACAACGGUAACUCCUGUUACAACAAAUAGUCACAUCCUUUCUAUACAUGAAGAUGCUCUUGUCUCUAAGUCAACGAGAACAAAGCCAUUUUUCACGCAGGAACGACAAGAACCUUCAACAAAAAUGAUAAAUAAAAUAGACAAUAAAAUAGACAAUUCCCAACACCAUUGCCAAGCACACCAAAACCGCCAACAAAAUAGACGACAAACAAUAGAAAAUAGUAUUAAUAUACCAACAUUUGAACCAACUGAAACACGAAGGGAAAACCUUGAUAAUAAAAAGUCAUGUCCUCACGACGGUUAUGUGCUGGUAACUGGGGGUGCUGGUUACAUUGGAAGUCAUACCGUUUUAGAACUUUUAAUAUGUGGUUAUAAUGUCAUUGUUAUAGAUAAUUUGUCGAAUGCAUGUGAAGAAUCCUUAAUUCGCGUUCAAAAGCUUGCCAGACGACCAUUGAAAUUUUACCAUGCAAAUAUUUUGGAUGAAAAGACAUUAAUCCCAAUAUUCGAAAAAUAUAAUAUUUGGGCUGUUUUACAUUUUGCUGCCCUUAAAGCUGUUGGAGAGUCAACAAAAAUUCCACUCGAUUAUUAUUGGAAUAAU